AAGUAACAUAACGUCACAACUGCGCAGCAGUGCGGUUGAUAUAUACGAGUGUUAUUGGGGUGUGUCGCUUUAGUCUGCAGUGAAACAGCUACCUAGAUAGGAAGCGCAUCUAAACUGCAGCAGCCAAUGCAUACCGCUCUAAGAGCAUGUUCUAGUUACAAAAAGUGUGUGCAAAUAAUUUUCGUGCCGGUGAAAGCUAGGGCAAUUUCUCACGCGACGAAAGUUGUAAUUGAAAGGUUAAUUUGAUCGCACUUUCAUUUGCUGGCUGAAUCUGAACCUUGCACUUUACAUAUACAUCGGUAUUUGUUUGUAUUUAUUAAUAGGUAUUUUAUUAUAGUCAUCGUGGUUAAGAUAAGUUCUUAACAGAAGUUUCCAACGGGUAUUGUUACGUGUUUCGCAUAGUUCCUUGUACCAAAGAUUUAACAGAAAUUAUUUUACGCAAUGAAAAGUUCCAGUACGGUGAAUCUAUUGGGGCAACGUACCAAUAGCGACUCUGCACUCAAGACCUUAGAACUAAAAUCGUUAACAAUAAAGAGCCCUUUGCAACACAUUCCAGGAGGAAUGAAGAUGGUGUGUGCGUCAGUGGUGGUGGCACUGUUCAUGCUACUGGCCUUGCAGUUCGGGGUUGAAUCUGGACUGUCCAAGGUCGAUGUUGAAGCGCUGAGGGUCCCGUUGGCCCUCCACAACAUUAUUGGCGACAUUGAAGCGGUCCAGAGGGCCCGGCGGGACGUGGGCGGGGUCCCGGCGGAGCUGCAGGAGAUAGACGAGGACGUGCUGCUGGGCUCGGUGAGCUUCGCGGAGGGCGUGGUGGCGCGCAUGUCGCGCCUCGAGGACAACCUGGCCAGCACGGACAUCCGCGUGCACGCGGGCACCCCAGCCCACGGCCAGCUCAUCGACUCCUACCCGCACAUCAAGGCCGUCCAGCAGGGCAAGGACUCGCUCGUCGUCACCAAGGCCUCUUUGUUCCUCGCCCAGAACACCUGCCAGAGGUUCGGGCACGACGACGACAAGUGUGGUGCCCUGGUGGCGUCCAUGAAGCUGAACGGCACCCGGCUGGGGGAGAAGUGCGCGGCGCACCACGGGCCGUUUGGGGCGUGCGAGCGCCCUUCCAAGUACCGCACCGUGGACGGCUCGUGCAACAACCCCUCGCAGCAGUCGUGGGGCAAGGCCCUCACCGGCUACCAGCGGCUCAUCUUCCCUCACUACGGCGAUGGCAUCCAGGAACCCAGGCGACCGGUGCACGGCAGAGCUCUGCCGUCUGCACGCAAGGUCAGCACGCUGGUCACCAAGGAAGGGAACGACUUGGAUGGCUCACGGACGCUGGCCGUCGUGCAGUGGGCACAGUUCGUGGAGCACGACCUGGUCUUCACGCCAGCCAGCAAGAUGGUGACGACUGGGGACUCUAUAAUGUGCUGCCGGCAAGACGGGAGCCACCUGCCCCCGCGGUACGUUCACCCGUCCUGCUACCCCAUCAGCAUCGCCAGCAGUGAUCCCUUCUACUCGCAGUUCCGGGUGCAGUGCAUGAACUACGUCCGCUCCGUGAGCGCCUUCCGCUCGGACUGCAGCUUCGGCCCCGUCGAGCAGUUGAACCAGGCGACCCACUUCCUGGAUGGCUCGAUGCUGUACGGCUCGACGACAGACGAGGCGCAGUCGCUGAGGACGCUGGUGAAGGGCAAGCUGCGCUCGCAGUUCCAGAACGGCCAGGCGUUCCUGCCGCUGUCCGACCGGCCGACGCAGUACUGCCAGCUGUCCGAGCCGGGAACAUGCUACAAGGCCGGGGACAUGCGCGUGAACAUGCACCCGGACCUGGUGGUGAUGCACACGGUGUGGCUGAGGGAGCACAACCGCGUGGCGGGAGUGCUGGCCGAGCUCAACCCUCACUGGGGCGACGAAACGCUGUACCAGGAGGCCAGGAGGGUGGUCGUGGCCGAGAUGCAGCACAUCACCUUCAAGGAGUGGCUGCCGAGCGUCGUGGGCGAGGAUUACGUUAAGAAGAUGGGGCUGCAGAUAAGCGGGAGCGAGUUCAGCGUGAAGUACGAUGAAAACAUUAACCCUACUGUUUCGAACAGUUUUGCCACGGCUGCCAUUCGGUUCCUCUACUCCAUGAUGGACGGCGAUCUGAAGCUGUACGAUGAAGGGCGUGAAGCAAACCAGACCAUGCCGCUCCUCUACCACUUCAACAAGCCACAAGUCGUGGAGGAGUCCAAAAACUUGGUGGCCCUGGUCCGAGGACUGGCCACUCAGAGCGCUCAGAAGAACGACCUGAAAUACGUCGAUGAUGUAAAGGACCUACUGUACAAAGACACUAGCAGCUAUGGCAUGGAUGUGGUCAGCUUGGACAUACAGAGGGGCCGAGACCACGGCAUUCCCGCGUACAACUACUUUCGCAAGCUGUGUGGCCUGCCGAAGGCCAAGAAGUUCAGCACGUUUGAAGAUGUCAUACCUCAGUCUACGGUGCAGAAGCUGUCUGCGGCGUACGCGCACCCCGACGACGUGGACCUGCUGGUGGGCGGGAUGGCGGAGCGCCCCGCCGGGGGCGGCCUGCUGGGCCCCACGCUCCGCUGCGUCCUCGGGGAGCAGAUGGCGCGCACCCGCAAGGGGGACCGCUACUUCUACGACCUGGCCGGCAAGCCCGGCUCCUUCUCUGCAGCUCAACUGCGAGAGAUCAAGAAAGUCACGCUGGCUCGUAUUUUCUGCGAUAAUGCGAACGUCGAAACAAUGCAGCCCAAUGUUUUUCAGAGGUUCUCUCUCAGCAACGGACUGACGUCUUGCCAGAACACAGCUGCGAUCCCUAGAGUCAGCCUGAACUCUUGGCGGGAAGUAAUUGUGGACAAUCUGUAACGGUCUUGGAGCAAGAUGCUGCAUUACGAAGCAGGGCAGACAACAUUGCCACUUAACAUCUCAUAUCAUCUAGGCUAAGUUGUGUACUUUCAGGUAGCACUUGAACGUGUGAACGAGAGUUGUGUAAAUGGGCGCUUCGUUAAAGAAGAAUACAUUUUCGUUCGUUGCAUGUUCUUGAGUCGACCUACCAGAACAAAGGAAUCAUCGUAUUGUGUUAAUAAGUUUUGGUUAUGAGAAUCAUAGGUGUGAUUUGUAGUUUCCAAUACAUCUGCUUGUUAAUGUAGCUCUGGCAAUAAAGGCAUUUUGCUUCCUUGGUUGAUUUGUCGAGAAUGACUUUCCCUGGGAUUAAACUCAGGAUUAUAAAAGUUGUUAGUUUCUUGUGGGAGUAGCUAUUAUAGCAGGAUAAAAUGUCUCUUAUCACAUUCAUGCCGGAACGUCCACAUGCAUGAUGUUGGUAACAUUGCAGAUUAAUAUUAUUUUUUGCUAGUGUGGAUCCUUGGUUCUGGUGAGUGGAUUUAUUGCACAAUAAUCAUCACAUUUUGCCAUUAGAAUCAUUUUUAGUGUUGUAUUUGUUACUGCAGUUUUACUGCAUUAAAAAGACUGUAUUUGUUAGGUAUAGGAAAUAGUUUUGUUAGUGAUAUGUGUGCGUGAUCUGAUGAGACUGUGAUUAUUAUAAUGGGUGUACAUUCACUACUAUGUUCAAUAUUUUCUUUGCUUGUGAUGUAACUUUGACCAUAACCAUAGUUUUUACCUCUUGAGGUAAUCGAGACAGUGUUGUGUGAUGUUUGAACAUGCUAUAGACUAAUGUAAGUCAUACAUUUAUGUUCUUGAAAAAUUGUAAUAAAUCUUUUGUAUAAAAGGC